AUGUCGCUUACAGGUGCUGCUGUGUUUCUUUCAACCUUGAACAUUUUCCUGUCCAUUACUGCAUCAGUGAGCAAUGCUCUGAUCCUCGUUGCUCUUCAUAAAGAAUCUUCUCUUCAUCCACCAACAAAACUUUUAUUUCAAUGUCUUGCGGUUACUGACCUUUGUGCUGGCGUCAUUUCGCAGCCGCUCUUUGCAGUCGCGAUUUUGGCACGUGUAAUUAAGAGAACUUACCUCAAGGAUGGAUUCAUUGUUACAGGAUUUCUCUUGUGUGGGACAUCAGCCGCGACAACGGCGGCAAUAAGUGUGGACAGAUUUCUCGCCCUCUUACUUGGUUUGAGAUACCGACAUGUUGUAACUCUAAAACGAACUCGUGCAGUAAUAGUCUGUUUCUUUGUCAUUGGUAUUUCAGUUGGAUCGAUGCACUUUUGGAGUGAUCAAGUUGCCUGGCUUGCAGAUAUUAUUUUUGGACUAGUUUCUCUGAUAGCUUCAAUCUUAUCUUACACGAAGAUUUACUUGACAUUACGUCAACAUCAAGCUCAAGUCCAAGAACGUGUCAACCAAGGACAGCAAAACGGAGGAGGAAUUCCACUGAAUAUAGCUCGAUACAAGAAGUCGGUUUCUAGCAUAGCAUGGGUGCAGUUGGCGUUACUUGUUUGCUAUCUUCCGUAUCACAUAAUGUCUAUAAUCUAUGCAAUUUCCGAUGGAGGAAGAGUAUCUGAUACCGCGCGUCUUUCACAUGCAGCUACCAUCACUUUAGUGUACCUAAACUCAUCCCUGAACCCGAUUCUGUAUUGUUGGAAGGUCAGAGAAGUGAAACAAGCCGUGAAGCACACCAUCCGUCAGUUUUGCCGUUUAAGUUGUUGA